AUGACAGAUCCAGCGCAACUGCAGCAGCUCAGGAUUUGGGGACGAGUGAUUGGCGGCACCAUCCACACGUCGCAAGAGAUUUGGGUCACGGCCAGUGGACGUGUUCUACGCUGUGAUAAUCGAAAGAGUGGCAUCCGACGAAAAUAUGGUCCGAUUCCUGCCUGGAUCCUUGAUGGUGGCUUCGAGACCAUGCUUCAGGAACAUUGGACCUUUUUGGUGUCAGAAAGCGAAAGCAUCGCCAGGCUUUGGGGCUUGGAUGAGGUCCGGGUGGAUUGGUUCUUAGGGUGUCCAGAUCUUGGACCUCGGAUUUGCGAGGUGACCUGGAUGGGCACUGGAGACCGAAUUCCUCCACGGUUGCAGUUGCCUGUGGCGCAGGCCUUUUUCGCAGGACAUCGGCAACGUGCGGCUGUGAAGGCAAACGAAGCCAUCCCCGAGACUGCGGAAAACGAGUCUAUGACGCGUUCUGCCUUCUUUCAACCCAGGCAGGCUGCCUUGGCCACGGAAGCAACCGAACGGGGACCGCGAUCAAAGGAUGCGCAGGAGGAGCGGAAAGAAGAGCAACAGACGCUUCACGUCUCGGGUCCCAGGGUGGAUCGGUCCCUCGUUUUUGUUGGAACAGCUCUUGGGUGGAUUGGAGUGAAAAACAUGGUGGACUCCUGGGUCGAUUUGGAGCUGAAACAAUCGCGAGUGUGGCUGACCAGUCAAUGGAGGCUUGCCAAAUUGUACAAUGCCAUCCUUGAUGCAGAUGCAGUGGAGGAGCAUAUUCAGGAAGAGGCCAAAGAAGCUGAGUGGUGGCCUGACACGUGCCUCUCUGAAGUGGGGGUGCAGUCAUUGGAGGACCAAGACGACGAGGACGACGAGGACGACGAGGAGGAGGAGGAGAGGCACGAUUUGGUCAUUUAUCCCUCAUUGCUGGGGCUCUCUGAUGCUCAUAACUGUUACGGCAGCCAGCUACGUUUCUUCAUCUAUGAGUUGGUUGACUGGACGCCCGCUGGAAAUGCUGAACGAGGAGUUCUGCAUUGUCAGCAUGGCCAGUGGGGUUUGGAAGCUUUGAUCCCCUGGUGGUUUCGUGCUGGGACGUGUGUGACCUCCAAUCCCGAGGAGGCCGACUACUUCUUAGUUCCCUGGCACACCUGGUGUGAUCGUAUGAUCUUCCGGAUGAACCAGUCUCGAGAACCCAUCGGAGACAUCUCAGCAGUUUAUUUGGAUUUGAUGCAUCGCAAGGAGGAGCUACUGCCCCACUGGUCCCGACAGCUUGGAAGGGAUCACAUCUUCAUCUUCUCGGAUCAGGGACUCAACUUCUUCCCGGAGUGGCGUGAUCACAUCAGUCACUCGGUUUUCCUCACGACAGAGGCCUUAACUCCUAGCUGCGGUCCAAGCUGCUUCAAUCCCUGGAAGGAUGUGGUGGUACCAGGCCAUCCUGACUACUACCGCUUUCGCAGAAUGCGUGAGGUGAAUCUCCCAUCGCAUCAACGUGACCUGCUGUUCAACUUUCACGGCAGACAUCCUGGCUUUGGUCCAUCGUACUACAAGGACAACGUCGUCCGCGGGAAGAUCAUCGACACCUUCACAGGAGUUCAUGGUGUCAGUGUGGGUGGUUUCGUAGAGGGCUACUUUGAAAUCAUGGGUGCUUCGCAUUUUUGCCUCGUGCCGAUGGGAACGUCCUCGUGGACGAAUCAUCUCUACGAGUCCUUCUUCGCAGGCUGCAUCCCCGUGAUCCUCAGCGAUAGCUUUGGUGUUCCCUUUCAAGGAGACAUCAACUGGGAAGACUUUUCCAUCAAGUGGCCCAUGGCAGAUGUGGACAUGGGACUUUACCACUACCUGCUGUCGAUGCCAAGAGAGAAGCUGUUUAGGAUGAAGGCAGCUGUGGACGCGCAUGCAUGCUGGUUUGACUACCAUCAAACUUUGGAAGCAGGUCAGAACUGUCCCUUGGCGAUGACAAGCUGA